AUGUGCGAAGGAAAUCGAGUAAGUGUAGUAGUUAGUAGAUGUUGGAAGCUAUUUAAUUUAUCUAUAACCGUGGUGUUAUUUAUUCCAACAUUGAUCUAUGUCAGUUUUUCAUUCUCGACAACUUUUAUCUGCGACUGGGGGAGCUUAACUAUUUGCAGUGCCCUGGCUAUAUCGCGCUUAGCUACUAGAAAACCUUCGAACAUCGCACUGCUUACCAUGGCUCAUGAUCUUCCUAAUACGGAAGCUGCCGACAUCUUUGCUUUGGGAUCUACGCUCUAUGACAAGCUUUAUGGGUCGAAAUGCAAGGAUUACGUGAUCGAUAAGGCUCGACUCUGA